UAGAGGAAAACAUGGCGGCUAAAGAAGAAAACGCGAAAGAGUAUCUCAGAAAACACAGGAUUAUGGAACUUUUCGAAAAUCUAACUGCUCAUUUAGUAUAUGAAAGACCAGACGAUCUCAAAGGAUAUAUUUGUAAUUAUCUGGAGAAGCUGAAGACAGCACGGACAGUCCAGAGAGGUUAUCCGUGUUUGUUUGAUGAUAGCAAUAUAAGAUCUCUGUUUGGUAUGUUGGACGUUACUGGAAAAGGCCAUAUUAACUACGACCAGUACAAAGAAGGACUUAGUACUUUUGGGAUUGACUCUUUUGACAAAGACCCUCCUGGUGCUGAUGUUGAUAAAAUCAAUAGUGAAACUUUUACCAAAGAAGCGAGACAAGGUCUUACUGAUGCAUCUUCAACUUUCUUGUUAUGAUUUAACGCCUUCCUAUGUUACCAUCAAAGCAUUACAUAGUUUAAAUCUUUGGCGCAAGACAUCAGAGAUAAUAAUUUCAUAGCAGAACUUAGUUUUAAAAUGCCAGUUUUAUUUGAAUAAUAAUAUUUCCACCUUGUAACAUAGAGCAUUGUACAGCACACUUUUAUCAUGUCACACUAAAACUAUAAAUCUCAAUAAAUCCACAUUGUGAGCAGAUUAUGUAAUAUAUAUAUAUCUUUUGUAAUAUUCCUAGCUAAUAAAUUAUCAAUCACAUUCAAA